AUGAUUCUGACUUUUAGUGCCAUCAUAACUAUAGGCUCUUGUAGGUUUACUGAACCGAAAUGUCCUGCCGAUGAUCAACCUGGAAAAAUUGUUUUGCUACCAAAUGAAGAUGAUUGUUCGAGUUAUUGGGCAUGUAUAAGUGGUUACCCAAUCCAGAAUGUUUGUCUGUAUGGAACAUUAUUUGACGCAGUAAAGUUAACUUGCGUUGAAUUUGAAUCUGCAAAGUGUGCUGGUGAAAAACCUCCACGACCUACUGUAAAACCCACAACUCCCUCAACUCAACCUACAACUCCCUCUACUGAACCCUCUACUAAACCCACAACUCCCUCUACUGAACCCACAACUCCCUCUACUGAACCCACAACUCCCUCUACUGAACCCACAACUCCCUCUACUGAACCCACAACUCCCUCUACUGAACCCACAACUCCCUCUACUAAACCCACAACUCCCUCUACUAAACCCUCUACUGAAUCCACAACUCCCUCUACUAAACCCACAACUCCCUCUACUGAACCCACAACUCCCUCUACUAAACCCACAACUCCCUCUACUAAACCCUCUACUCCCUCUACUAAACCCACAACUCCCUCUACUAAACCCACAACUCCCUCUACUGAACCCACAACUCCCUCUACUGAACCCACAACUCCCUCUACUAAACCCACAACUCCCUCUACUGAACCCACAACUCCCUCUACUAAACCCACAACUCCCUCUACUAAACCCUCUACUGAAUCCACAACUCCCUCUACUAAACCCACAACUCCCUCUACUGAACCCACAACUCCCUCUACUAAACCCACAACUCCCUCUACUGAACCCACAACUGCUUUGCCUUCCGAUCGUUGCAAAAAGGUCGCACCUGAUCCAUUUGGGAAAUAUCCAGUAUAUUGUCCCCCACAAGAAGGGCCGGAAGAUAAUUUUUUUUUUUCAAAUCCAAAAGAUUGUCAAAGUUUUUAUCAUUGCACAUACGGUAUACCUUAUUUGUGCAAAUGUCCAGGAAAUUUAUUCUUUAAUCCAAAAAAAGAAGUAUGUGAUUGGCCACGCAAUGUUAAAUGUCAUGUUGAAAACUGA